AUGGGAACAAGGUGUAACUGGUACUCGGGCGUGGCAGAGGACCAGACUACCUCUGUUCGGAAGCGUCCUGAAGACCUCCAGUUUGGCGCAGGCCCCAGUGGAACGGGUGGCACUGACCUGCGAACGGAAUCCACCAACACAAGCAACAGGAAUGACCGAAACAACUCCCUUGAAGAACAAGUUCCGACCCCGCUAAAUGUUGAGGACACUCAGCGUCUUCCCAUGAUCGGGGACAAUAUUAGGACGAGAAGACUAGAAGACAAAAUUGCGACUUUGAGGAGAGAGAUCGGUAUACCCACUGAAACCCUUGAACCCAGAAAACCAAGUAAACGGGUCAAAAAGCAUGCCGAUAACGUGCAAAAAAAAUACGGAGACUCUGGAAACCAUACUGUGGUCGACAUGUUGGAUCCGCUAAAGCAGAAACUGCUGGUAUACGCAAAUAGACUGCGCAGAUACCAGCAAUCAUGGCAUAGAAGAGGGGAUAAUAACCUCUUUAACCGAAGCCCUGGUGCUUUUUACAGAAACUUGGCUCCAUCAACUACCGACGACAAGGGCCAAUACCCGGAACCAGAAAGUAUCAGGGAAUUUUGGAGUGGCAUCUGGCAGGUCCCUCUCAAUCACAAACUUUCGGCUGAGUGGAUAAAGUGCGAACAAAAGAAGACCGAAAGAAUAAAACUCAUGCUGCCUCAAGUGUUCGUCGUAGGGGACCUAAAUGAAGUCCUGGCGAAAGCUAAAAACUGGAAAGCCCCCGGACCGGAUGGGAUACAGAACUUCUGGUACAAGAAAUUCACCGCUGUAAGGUCUAAACUUGCUGACAUCUUGAGCCUGAUACUGAACAACCCUCAGUCUGCGCCACCCUUUCUGACGAAAGGGAUGACCUACCUUCUCCCAAAGACAGAUUACCCAAUUAAAGAUCCCUCAAAAUACAGACCCAUAACGUGCCUGCCCACGAUAUACAAAAUUCUCAAUGGAAUAAUAGCUAACAAACUAUACCGACACAUGGAUGAUAACAAUCUUUUGGCUGAAGAGCAGAAGGGGUGCAGGCGGCAUGCACAGGGGUGUAAGGAACAACUUGCAAUUGACAACGUUGUCACCCGCAAUGCAAUAGCUUCCAAGAAGAAUCUCUUUACUGCAUAUAUUGAUUAUCAGAAGGCAUUUGAUAGUGUUCCGCACACUUGGCUGCUACAGUGCCUCUCUGUCUAUAAAGUCGACCCCAAAAUCAUCAACUUUCUCACACAUGCUAUGGACCAGUGGGAGACACAAAUAAUUCCGAGAAACCAGGGGGCGCAAGAAAAGCCGAUCAGCAUAAAAAUCCAACGGGGUAUUUUCCAGGGCGAUGCUCUGAGUGCCCUCUGGUUCUGCAUAGCGUUAAACCCACUCUCCUCCGCUCUCAAUAAUCUCAAACAAGGAUAUCCACUUAAUAAAGAACUUAAGCUCUCCCACUUAAUGUACAUGGACGACCUCAAGAUAUUCUCGGACACCGAGAAGGGACUAAAACGGCAGCUCAGAUGCGUCGAGAACUUUUCAAAUGAUAUUCGAAUGAGGUUCGGUCUGGAGAAGUGUAAAGUUGGAGGAGAGUGGCGUCAGAUGGACGGCCAUCAGCUUACACAACAUAGUGGUGGUGGAAAAAUAACGACGCUAGAUAAAUUUGAAACCUAUAAAUACCUAGGUCUUGCCCAGGCGCGAGGAAUAGACUCUAAAAGUGUCAAGACGCUGCUCACCGAGAGAUUUAAAGAGAGAGUUAAGCACAUCUUAAAAACAAGAUUGGCAGGCCGUAACAUGGCGACUGCAAUCAAUUCCUACGCCGUCCCUGCAGUGGCGUACAGCUUCGGCAUCGUCCAUUGGACGCCGACAGAGCUUGAUGAUCUGAAUAGAACCUUAAAGACAAAUCUAACUAAAUUCCGCGCUCACCACGAGCUGGCAGAAAGAGGGUACAUCUACCUCGAAACAUCGGUGGCAGGGGAUUCUCGGAUUUGCGAAUAUGCCACAAGACCCAGGUGGAGCGGCUGCAGAAACACUUCCAUCAAAAAAGUCACACACUAUCAGUGCGACCCUAAGUAUUCAAUUUUCGAGCUCGAGACCCAGUGGCGGGGAAAGGAACUACACGGCAGAUACCCAAACUUGCUUGACAGUGCUGACCUUGACAAGUCUGCAUCAGUUGGCUGGCUAACGAACGGCAACCUUUUCCCCGAGACUGAGGGUUUCAUGUGUGCAAUUCAGGAUCAGGUCAUACCCACUCGAUCUUAUCUUAAACACAUAAUCAAGGACCCGACAGUAACAACAACGAAUUGUCGCAUAUGUGGAGAGGGCCAUGAGAAUGUUGAGCACCUCAUCAGUGGUUGCCGGAUACUGGCCCCGACGGAGUACACCACAAGACACUACAACGUAGCCAAGAUAGUCCAUCAGGAAAUAGCGUUCAACCUUAAACAUCUAAAAGAGAAGUGUCCGUACUACCGAUACUCACCAGAAUCCGUGCUUGAAAAUGAGGGAUUUAGGAUAUAUUGGGACAGAACUGUUCAGACCGAUCGCACUGUCCAGCAUAACAGGCCAGAUAUCCUUAUUUAUGACAAGGCAAAUAAGUUGGUGACCCUCGUCGACGUUGCAAUUCCCGCACCUAACAACUUGCAGAAGAAAGAACGUGAAAAAAGAGAAAAAUACAUACCGUUAGCGGAUGACAUAAAACAGACAUGGCGUGUCGAUAGGGUUAACAUUGUUCCUAUAGUGAUCGGUGCAAUCGGAGAAAUACCAAAGUCCCUCAGAACCAACCUGACAACACUCACCGUAAAACCAGGCGCCUACUUUGAAAUGCAGAAGUCUGUGUAUAAUCAACACAUGACCACCGUCGCGACACUCCUCAACAUGGAGAAAGCGUUUGACACCGUCUGGCACGAAGGACUCCUGUACAAGCUUGAUCAAAUCCUACACCUGCCUCCAAACAUAACAAACCUUAUUAAAUCCUACCUCGCUAAUCGAACAUUCAAAGUUCGAUUGGCACCAGGUAUUCCCAAACCGGUCAAAUACAAGCCGGUGUCCCGCAGGCCACGGUACUGGCCCCCAAACUCUACACGUUAUAUACGUCAGACGUUCCCACAUAUCCCAAAACUACCCUACUACAAUACGCUGACGAUACCCUACUAUACGCACACUCCCACUUGGUAG